AUGGUUGUCAAGGCUUUGAUGCUGCCGUGUGAUUGCUACGCACCUCUCAGCGCCAAACAUCAGAGAGCUGCCCAACGAGCUUUUGCUGUGGUUGUGUCCAAUCUAUUGCACUUGGCCGUCAAAUACGACAACGUUGGUCUUGCGGAGGCUUUGCUCCAGCACAACGCCAACAUCAAUGCAUUUUACCGCGGCAAAUCUCCUUUAAUGAGGGCGCUCAAAUACUCGUCCGCUGCUGUGCGUGACCUCUUGCUCAGUCGUGAAGAUCUAGAUAUCAAUAUUCAAAAUCAAGCGCGGGAGAGCGCCCUGUGGUAUGCCAUCCACUACGGAACCUUUUCCACCGUCAAGCGCGUUCUAGAACAACCCAACGUCCAGGUGGACGUCAAGCACAAACAUGGCCGAACGGCGCUCCACCUAGCAGUCUUCGCAGGCCGAAUAGGGCUCGUGCAUCUGCUACUUUCUAGUGGCAGCGACCCUGAUCUACAGGAUGAUUCGUGCCACUCGCCAUGGGACAGGGCACGUCGCUUCAAUAGACCCGCGAUGGAAAUGAUCUUUUCAAACUAUCCGAUGGCCGAAGUAUUUCUUGGUACUCAAUCAUCACAGGAGGCUGAGCUGCCUCUUCACCAAGCA